CGUGACGUUUCAGGCUGAAUGUCACCAAUAGUCUUCAGUUGUAGAAAUGGCAGCGCUGAGACAGGAGCAUCGGUAUGGGCUCUCCUGUGGCAAAAUCAACAAAAACACCCCGAAUCAAACUCUUUAUCACGUAAAACUCACUGACACUGCCAUCCGGACCUUGGAAGCCUACCAGAACCUGAAGGCGUCACUAUCAAAUCAGCCAGCGAUUUGCUUCAAGGGGAGCCAGGGGUACAUAAAGAUCCCAGCGCCAACCCCUGAAUCUCCUGAUGGAUUCAGAGUCUUCUCCUUCUACCUAUCCAGCGACAGCAAAGACAAACCUCAGUCCAGCUUCGACUGCAUUCACCAGUAUGUCUCAGGGGAGGGCAGGGAUCACCUGGAGGGCCAGGGCAGCAUUCAGGACAAGAUCACAGUUUGUGCCACAGACGAUUCCUACCAGACAACCAGGGAGCGCAUGUCGCAGGUAGAGAAGGACAUCUGGAGCCGCUCAGCGAUUGAGAUCAAGCCGGGGCCAAGUAAGUGCGUGAAGGUCCAGAGGAAGCAGGGUCUGGUAUCAGGCUCAGAAAGCAGCAACAAGCACUCCCCCAGCAACAAGAGGAGCCUGGUCCCCAGCCCUGUAGCACACCGGCCCUUAAGAGAUCGCAUCAUUCAUCUCCUGGCCUUAAAGCCCUACAGGAAACCUGAGCUGCUACUGUGGUUGGAGAGGGAGCGAGCCAGUCCAAAGGACAAGACUGACCUGACCUCAGUACUAGAUGAGGUUGGUAAACUGAACCCUAAAGACCACAGCUACUCUCUGAAGGAUGAGCUCUACAGACACGUCCAGCGAGACUGGCCUGGAUACCUAGAAGAAGAAAAGCAACUCAUCCAUAGGCUCCUGAUCAGGAAACUUCAGUCACUCCACAGUAGCCAGUUGAAGAGUCCCCAGUCCAACCAUUCAUUCCACAAAACUCCUGGGGACUCUCCUUCGCAACUCAGUCCUGCCAAGAAUCUCUCUGUGAAACGCCCAUUGCCCUCUGACCCAUCCAGCUGUCAAACCCCCAAAAAACAAAGACCAUUAGACCAGUGUUUGCCUCUGCAUUCGCCUUCUCAUGGAGACUACGGCACCAAUGGGGCUCAUAGCUCCUCUGGUCACGGAAACUCUAAUGUGCACAUCAAAAUAGAGGUUGACAAAACCAACAAUCAUCUCCAGGGGAGCCCAAAUGGUCUGUACUCACCGCACAAACUCAGCGGGUCGUCUGCUAUUCCCAAACUGGAGAGGACAGAGCCCACUCCUACUGCUCCCAGCCCUAAGCUCCCACACUCUAACACCUCCAUUUGCACUGACCAACAGUUCACCAACAGCCAACAUAAAAAGAAGAGGUCCAAAAAGCACAAAGACAAGGAACGAGAGCGCUUAAAAGCCGACUGGAUAGAGACCAGUCCAGACCUGAAGCAGAACCAAGAAAAUCUCAAAGACCAUGAGGGAGAGAAAACACCUGUCAAUCGAACCUCAGCAGAGGAACUGCCAGACUAUUUAAUAAAAUACAGCACCAUAAAAGCACUGGAGCAGCGUCAACAGUAUAAAGACGACUUCUGUGCCGAGUACGAUGAAUACAGAGCUCUUCAUGACCGGAUUGGGGCCAUCACAGAGAUGUUUGUUCAGUUGGGCUCAAAGAUCAACACUCUCUCCCCGGGAACACAAGAGUAUAAGCUUAUGGAGGACCAAAUACUACAAAAGUACCGAAAGUAUAAGAAAAAGUUUCCAGGGUAUCGGGAAGAGAAGAAGCGAUGCGAGUACCUCCAUCAGAAGCUGUCGCAUAUAAAAGGCCUGAUCACAGAUUACGACCGAGCACAGGAACUCUCCUAGUAACUGGCCUCUACCCUCAGCAGGGUGUGAUAUUACUGGACCAAAAGACUCCUAAUGGACCCAAAGACUGCCCAGCUGGGGUCCUGGAGUUGCUGAGACACUUUUCACUUUACUCCUCCCUAUUAAUGGAAUCGAGGAGCAAGGUUCUUUUUUUUUCAAAAGUGGGCCAAGACCAACGACUCGUGAUCAGACAUUGCUCUUUAACACUAUGGUUUUCAUCUAUGAUUAUCACUGUAAUGGGUGGAUUUUGUUCUGCUGUAAAAUGGUCAGAUGACACAGUGAAAGCCAAAUCCAUUUUCCUCAAAUACAAAACAGAUGUGAUCCUUCCUGCCUAAUUGCAUUUUUAUUUUAUCCUUUAUCUUGUCAGAACUAAAAAAGCGUUGAUUUAUUUAAAAAAAAGUAUUAAAUUGAUGGUACAAUCAAUCUUAGGGGAAAACAAAUGCUACUAAAGUCUUUAUAUUUAACAUACAGAGGAAUUAGUUUAUUUGCUGUUUGUUGAUAGAAAGUCAAAUACUGACACAUUAUUUACAAAGAUUACGUAUUGACGGUAAUAUGGUCAUGCCAUAAAUAGUGUAUCUCUCCUCAGACCACAUCCAAGCUGACUAACUGAUUUAAUUCAAAUUUCACUUCAUGAAGGCAAAAUGUUUCAUCCAUACAAAAUCUGUAUUUCUGCAGUACUAAGACCAUACAAGGGUUCAUCUCAUUUUAUCACUAAAAUGAUCACAGAAUGCUUUCACUCAGAAUCUGUGGUUAGGACCAGUUUCUCUGGGCACUGAUCAUCACGUAGCUUUCUGCCAAUGUCCUGUUUCAUUUCUAUGAAAUACUGGAAUUCGAUUAAACCACUCCUCACAGUUCAGUAACGCUGGUUUUAAGAUAGUGUCAAUUUCAUCCACAUGUAGCCUACAGUACUACAAACUGCCUUUUCACUAUGUAAUGAAAAACAUUAUCAACUCACACAUCUCUUAAGUCAUCUGGUUACAGGUUUACUGACAUACAGUACAUACAGUAAUCACGCUGUAUUUACACUGCAGAUGAAUGAUUACAUGUUGCUCUGUGAAACAUGACUUUACAUGCAGUUGUAAAAGCUUACAGGGUAUUUAUGUUGGCAAUCAACCUAGUCCACAAAUUCUGAUUUACUAUAAUUGCUUUGCUCCAAGUCUUGAUAAUGUUUAAAAUGGGAUUUAGUUGAAUAACAGUAAUUCACUUCAGCGAGUGUUAUAUUACAUUAAUGUUAUUCUGCUGAAUGUGACAGAGAUGCCUUUAAAAAACUUGGACUGUUUUCAGCAGCAUGUGUUAAGUGUGUAGAGGAUGGCACUGUGGGUCAGUCACUCACUGUGGUUCAAACCACUUUAGUUUAUUUUAGACUUUUUGGAAUUAUUUGUACCACAGCAGGUACAUCUAAAUAAACACAACCUGUAAUUUCAUUUCAGCUUAAUUAGCUGUGGCCUGAAGUAGGGAAUAGUGAUCAGUUAUCUCUGGAAAUUUGCAUCAGUGUAGCUAUACUCACAACUGUUGUCUUAAUGAUGGCUUAAAAUGGCAGAAUUAAGCUAAUAUUUGCCUUAAAAUGUCAGACAUUUCCAAGUUUCUGGUAUCCCUGUUCUGAAAUGUUCUUUGUGUUCUCUGCACAGUUCAAAGCAUUUUUGUAAAUGUCUUUUAGUUUGAAGGAAAGUUCAGUUACUAGAUAGUUGUUGUGCAACAGUUGUCUCAUCUGUGUUGUUCUUGUUUUUUCGAUGUAUGUCUUUCAUCAUUUUUCAUAUUUAGAUUCAUUUGUCAUCUCAUAAUCUAUCCAAUAAUCAUAAACUGUAAAGGAAUUUCAUUCACUGCCUAAUCCUAUCAAGCACCACUGUCAAAAGUAAGAAUUGUUGCAGAAAAUAUUCAAAAUAAUAUGCUUUGCUUCUCUUGA